AUGCAAGUGAUAUUCUGUCCGCAGGAGGCAAAGACCGAGCUUGAAUUCAACGAUGCUCUCCGUCACUUGUACCCUGCGUUUAUUGCCGAUGAAAUCGCAAGACAAAGAAAAGAUGACUAUUUCUUGUACACAUCGACGUCAAACUUAUGUUUUACCGUAUGUGAAAACUGA